AUGCCUUUCCACCACUUCUUGGAAAACUUAGGUUAUUUUGUCUUCUACUCAGAUUCAUAUGCAUGGUGGGGCUGGGAAAGAUGGGAGAAAGAAAUUGACUGGAUGGCUCUCCAAGGCAUCAACUUACCACUUGCUUUCAAUGGGCAGGAAGCUAUUUGGAAGAAAGUUUUUGAGAGGUAUAAUAUCAGCCACUCAGAUCUAGAUGAUUUUUUUGGAGGACCUGCCUUUCUUGCAUGGUCACGUAUGGGAAAUUUGCAUGGAUGGGGUGGACCCUUGCCUCAAACUUGGCUUGAUGAUCAACUAGUUCUUCAAAAGAAAAUACUUGCUAGAAUGUACUCAUUUGGGAUGUCUCCAGUUCUUCCUGCAUUUUCUGGAAAUGUUCCUCCUGUAUUGAAAGCCAAAUUUCCUUCAGCUAAAAUUAGUCAGCUUGGAAACUGGUUUACAGUUCAUAGUGAUCUAAGGUGGUGUUGCACAUAUCUUUUAGAUGCAACAGAUCCUUUGUUUGUAGAAAUUGGAAAAGCAUUUGUUGAACAACAACUUAAAGAAUAUGGAAGAACUAGUCACAUAUACAAUUGUGAUACAUUUGAUGAGAAUACUCCUCCUCUGGAUGAUCCAAACUACAUUUCUUCAUUGGGUUCAGCAAUAUAUAAAGGAAUGCAAAGUGGUGAUGAUAAUGCUGUAUGGCUCAUGCAGGGUUGGUUAUUCUCAUAUGAUCCAUUUUGGAAGCCCCCUCAGAUGAAGGCUCUCCUUCAUUCAGUUCCAAUUGGUCACAUGGUAGUUCUUGAUCUGUUUGCUGAAGUAAAACCAAUAUGGUUCACCUCAGAGCAAUUUUAUGGCGUUCCCUAUAUCUGGUGUAUGCUACAUAAUUUUGCUGGAAACAUUGAGAUGUAUGGUAUUCUGGAUUCCAUUGCACUGGGACCUAUUGAAGCUCAAAUAAGCAAAAAUUCAACCAUGGUUGGUGUUGGAAUGUCGAUGGAAGGCAUUGAGCAAAAUCCUAUUGUUUACGAUCUUAUGUCUGAAAUGGCAUUUCAUCACAAGCCAGUAAAUGUGAAGGUGUGGGUUGACCAAUAUGCAUCAAGGAGAUAUGGAAAAAAUGUUUCAGGUCUACAAGAGGCUUGGCAGAUAUUGUAUCAUACUCUCUAUAAUUGCACUGAUGGUGCUUAUGACAAAAACAGAGAUGUUAUUGUUGCAUUUCCAGAUGUUGAUCCAUCAGUCAUCUUAAUACCGGAGUUAUCAGGAAGAAAGUAUUUUAGAGGACACAUAUUAAAAAGGAGACAAAUGAAGGAAACAACUGACUCUUAUGAGCAUCCACAUUUAUGGUAUUCAGUGUCUGAUGUCAUAAACGCAUUAGUUCUUUUUUUAGAAAAUGGAGAUGAAGUAGCGGAUUCCCACACUUUCAGGUACGAUCUUGUGGACCUUACCCGACAGGCACUAGCAAAAUAUGCAAACAAACUAUUCUUGAAGGUCAUUGAAGGGUAUCAUCUAAGCAAUCUCUCACAAGUAACUUCCUGUGCUCACCACUUCCUUGAUCUUGUCAAAGACUUGGACACUCUUUUGUCCAGUCAUGAUGGAUUUCUGCUUGGUCCCUGGUUGGAAAGUGCUAAGAACCUAGCAAGAGAUCCAGAACAGGAGAAACAGUUUGAAUGGAAUGCAAGAACUCAGUUAACAAUGUGGUUUGAUAAUACAGACACCGAAGCUAGUCUGCUUCGAGAUUAUGGAAAUAAGUACUGGAGUGGUCUUCUGCAAGACUAUUACAGACCACGGGCAGCUUUAUAUUUUAAGCACAUGAUCGAUAGCUUGGUGAAAGGUGAGAGCUUUCCACUGGAAGACUGGAGAAGGGAUUGGAUAUCUCUUACCAAUAAAUGGCAGGAAAGUAGAAACCUGUUCAUAGUAAAAGCUCAUGGAGAUGCUCUAAACAUCUCGCGCUGGUUAUAUGACAAAUAUUUAAGAGAAGACCACUCACAAUCACUUUAUAAGCUCAGAGAAAACCACAACGAUCAGCUUUAAUUUUGAAUUAUGAAUCUUCUGCCCAGAUGAUAGUUUGCUUUACAAUUGUUAGUUUGUUCAUCAUAAAAGAAUUCAUGGUCAUUAAUUUA